AUGCAGGAUCAACUACAGCGGCAGGGAAGCCCAGAAAAUAGCAUAUGGAUCGACAAUGAGGACUUUACCGACUGGUGCUCUCUUGACGGAGAUAAACCGCCCCCUUACUGUUAUACGUUUAGCGUCGAAGGCCCGGAUUCUUCGACUUACGGAUAUCUGAAAGAGGAUGCGGGUGUGCAGGACCCUCACGAAGGAGACGUCAUUAUCCACUGUUGCAUGAAGGAAAUGACUGAGUGGAUGCGAAAUCUAGAUCAGGUGGAGUGUGAUGAUCUGGGAACCACGGCGUCGUUGAAAAUGGACACCCUAGCAAAUACGCUAAUCCAUGAGUAUGGGUGCGUGAUAUCCCUCGCCCCUUUAAGAAUAUCGAAAACUGAUGGUCAAGUAGUCAUUGGUACGAAAUUGGGCUAA